AUGGCAUCCUACCUGGUUACCGGCACGUCGCGAGGAAUUGGCCUCACUCUGACGAAUAUUCUGGCUUCCAAGCCUGCCUCGGAGGUUCCUACCAUAUACGCUGCUGCGCGUACUGAAACAAACGAGCUCAAGCAGUUGGUUGCGAAGUCAAACGGACGUGUACAGAUCGUCAGUAUCGACGUGACGUCGAAAGAGAGCACGAAGAAGGCAGCCAGUGAGGUUGAAAAGGCGCUCGGGGACAAGGGCCUCGAUGUGUUGAUCAACAAUGUCGGCAUCAUGAACUACACUCCCGAUGGAAUUGAGACUAUGGAUGAUCUGGACUCUACAUUUACGGCCAACGUGACAAGCACGCACCUCGUCACCAGUGCUUUCCUACCUCUUCUGCAGAAAGGAAACUUGAAGAAGGUCAUCAAUGUAUCCACCACUCUCGGCUCCAUCGCCAUGUCCCCGAAAUACAGCCUCUUCCCUGUGCCCGCGUACAAAGUCUCCAAGGCGGCGCAGAACAUGCUCACGGUGCAAUAUGCCCAGUCCUUCGCGGAUCAAGGCUUCACAUUUGUGACCGUCUCUCCAGGUUGGGUGAAGACUGAUCUCGGUGGAUCUGGUGCCGAUCUGACGAGGGAACAGAGCGCCAAUGGUAUUUUAGAAAUCGUGUUCCGUGUGACGAAAGAGGAGAAUGGCAAGUUCUAUAACAUCAGAGUUGAUGGAUGGGAGGAGGCCGAGGGAUUGAACCGGUACGAUGGCGCCGAGGCGCCUUGGUAA